UACCAAACUGUUGUUCGUGGCAGGAGAGAAGGGGGAGCCACGGGAGCUGACAGCUGUGCGGAAGAUGGUGGGGCCGUUACCUCAUAUGCGAGGAUACCCAAUGAGGAUGGUUUUCGGCCGUGGAAGGUGCGUACCUAGGUAGGUAUGCAUCAACGGAAUAAUCACAGGUACUUCCUGGUUGCCCAGUUCCUCGAAUCCGUCUUGAGUCCCCUCGCGGUUUGUCAAGAAGUGUUGGCAUCGUGCUUGAUCAUGUACCUAAUCCCUUGUAACUAUUGGUUAAACAAGGUAGUCGGAUGCAUGUUGAAUCUACUCAACCGAACGAGCUUCACGCUUGUCAUUGUCUUCCCUAGAAUAAACAUCACGAGUUUGACAACCUGGAUUAGACGGCGGACAGGAACCCUGCCGGAAUCCCUGAUCUUCCCCUGGUGGUUCCUGAUAAAUAACAACACCCGCUCGUAUCGAACCAUGCAGUCACGAGUCACGACCUGGUCAUAGAAUAACACAACAAGCGCUAUUAAGAAGCGGGGGGUUGGUAUUGU